AUGGCGGUAGGAAUAUUCGGCUCACUCACCCAGGAAACAGGCGAACCACCACUGCGUUCGGAGCCUUACGGGACCAGUUCGGGCGCACCAACCAGCGAACCAGCAGCCGGACAAGCCAGAGCACUCGCUGCACAAGCCGAGUUGCACUUCACCACUCUACCUCACCACUCCCUCUCUGUCCAAGCAAACAUGUGGCCCCUCAACGGAGCGCCAGAUCGCCCUCCAGGUGCGUAUGCGAACGAUCGAUGGGACUCGGCUCGGCGCGGAGAAUUUAAGGACACGGAACGCGGAGCGAAGUUGAGAUGGGACAUGAGGCCGAGGCGUCGCGCGGGUGGGCGGAUACGACACGGAAGGAAGGAGAAGGACACUACUCGAAGAAGAGAAGACAGAGACGAGCGAGAGCGAGUCCCGGAGACAACGAGAUCGGAGCGCCAGGACUCGAGACUGACUUCACAGAACCUUGCCGGCAAGGAGCCCGUCUACCUCCGCAAGCCCGGAUCCAGGCUUUACAUGGCCGGUUUCCUUGCCCUCCUCGGUGUCGGCCUGACUGGCAACAUGUACUACCUCAUCCAGUACGGCCGUGAGCCUGGCAGUGGCAGGGUCAUCGGUCCCGGUGUUGACGUCACGGCCCGCGCGUUUUCAUUCGUGCUGCAAGUCUCGAGACGUACUUUCCAGACCAUCCACCAUGAGCAGUCCAGAAGAAGACCUGUCCUCCUCGUACAUACGGCGCACGUCGCUGGCGAUCGGCGCGCGGCGCCAGUUCCACCCGGCCCACAGCCCGUCCCUGUCCCCCAGCUGGGAACCGCCCAGAGCCACGGGACGGGCCAUGUGUCCUUCCGCCAGAGCUUUGGCACCAGCACCGGCCGCCCUGCCGCCGUAGACUACACCGACAGUCCCCUCGGCACUCCGCCGCUGCACCGCCAAGGCACGCACAAUACCCAUGAUGACUCUGGGUUCGGGUUCAGCGUCUCGUCAGGCGACUCGGACAUGCUCCGCCGCCCUCGGCGCCGGAGCUCCCUCACUGGACCGAAGUACAAGUGGCUCUCGAACAAUACAGGUGACGAGCCAGGCGUAGACGUCCGCUCGGAGCGCGAUGAGGAGAUGUACAAACACCUCCGGGGGAAGGCGAACGUUACCGUGAGUUGUCCCACUUUCGUCCCCGAAACUGACAGGCAGGUUGUAGACUACAGUCCCGACGCAGAGGCCGAGGACAGCAACGUCCGCAUUGACAUUAGCGGCGAGCGAUUCGAGCAUUGGCUCGAGAGCGACGAAGGCGAGCGGCCCAUGGUCGAUGGAAAGCCAGUCGGCGUGCGAUGGACUGACAGCAGCCUGCACCCUCUUGCAGUUGAGGACGCAUUGCGCAGCGAGAGUUCUCCGCGCUCCAAACUCGACUUUUACCGCAACCACCUCUACCUGCAGAUCCUAGUUCAGCACAUCUACGACCCGGACGAGGAGACGUUCGAGGCCGAGGUCGACGGCGUCGACAACGGCACAAUCGGAGACCAGGACGGCAUGGAGGCGGCUGCGAAGCGAGCGCGGCGAUGGUGGCAGAGGCGGUCGAACAGCGGGCAGAUCCGCCUCCCCGAAGGCGCCGACAAUGUGUUUGAGCCCUCUAUCCCGGAGAGCGAGCACACGAAGAAGACCAGCGCGCCGAACGACAAGGCGAAGCACCGAUUCGUCAUUGACCAGCUGUCGGCUAGCUACAUGGUUCCGAUCCGCCGCGACAUUCUGUCCGUCUUCAUGCUCCGCGACGGCACUGUCAUCUCCGUCUCGAAGACGCCCGUCAUGGAAGUGCUCGAGCCGAUCUACGAGCGUCUCGAGGAUGAGCACUCGCUCCUCCGCCGCUCCGGCGACCCGUCCAUGCUUAUCCAUGCCUUGCUCGACGUAGCAGUCGACCUGAGUGUUGAGAUCACACAGGCGUUCGAGGCUGAGAUUCUCAAGGCCGAAUCCAAUGUGCUUGUCCAGGCUGACCUUGACCUCGUGCGCCACCUGCACAUUGUCCAGGCUCAGAUCACCCGCUUCCGUCGCUCCCUUACCACGCUCCUACACGUGUGCUACGUCCUCCGUGAUCAGGACACGAUCCGUACCCUCGCUGUGGGCAACCUCUCGAAGAAGAACGGCGAGCCUGGCCUCCAGGUGCCCAACGUGCCUGUCGGGACCGCCGGAUAUGCUCCCAGUGCCGGCUCGAGUCUGCACGGCAGCCCGCACCACAACAACGUCUCUGGACCCGGUGGUCAGAGCGCACUGAACACCUCGGGCAUGGAUCCCUCCCACCGACACGCAGGCGGAGACUUUGGCGGUGCCGGUGGCGGCUUCGGCGGCGGCGCAGGCAUCUACCAGCCCACGCCCAUGCCGGCAGGCUACGCCAUGCCCGGUGUCCCCGGCAUGACGGCCGGCACCGGCGUCAUGCCCACGCCGAACGGCACGCCGCCGCCCGGCUCCGCCAUCGGCUCGGCGGGCUAUAUCUCGCCCAACGCGAGGGUGUACAUGAAUGAUGUGAUCGACCAUCUUGAGGUAAGCUACAGGUGUAAUACGGGUGAAGCUGACAGACAGAUGGUUGCGAGCUCCUCGGACCAGUUUGUUGCGACCUGCGACCACCUGACGGACUAUUCGUUCAAUGUGCUGAGCUUCUACACGAACAACUCGAUGGAGCGGCUCAGUAUCGUCACCGUCGUGUUCCUGCCUCUCACGUUCAUUGCCUCGUAUUAUGGUAUGAACUUUGAGGACUUCCCGACGCUCGACAACCCCGACUCGUACUUCUGGAAGGUCGCUGCGCCGUGCACUGUCUCGUUCUUCGUCAUCUUCUCGUUUGGAUACCUCAAGCAGGCGAUCAGCACGCUUCUCCGCCGCUUCGCAAAGUACAGGCAGGAGCAGCAGAUUCAUCACCACCACGCCAUGACCGCCCGGCAAAGGAGGCGCAACAAGGGCCGCCUCAUGUGA